AGGAGCCCUCUGGGCUCAGAUCAGGACCGUCCUCGCCUGAGUGAGUUAAGAUGUCCUGCUUUUGGCUAUGAGCAGGCCAUCUGGGCUCAGACGACCCAGACGACCUGCUCGAACUUCUGCAUUUUCUGCAGCCCUCGCUCCUUCUCCUCAACUCAGAUGGGUGACCCUUCUCCUUGGCACCCUUCUGUGCAGCCUUCUGUGCAGCGCCACUUGCGGAGGGUGGAGCUGCGCCUUUGGGAGGUGCGUGAAGUCUUCAUCGCCUGUGAAGCCGUCGGUGAAGUCGGUGAAGGAUGCGUUGAGCAUCGUCCUGGUGACAUCUCCGAUCCCAUCGAACCCUUCAACUCAGCUGCUGAACACCGUGAUCAGCUCAUUUGAUUUGAUUGAAGGCCUGGAAGGUUGCCCUCUCAUCAUGGUGGCGGAUGGAAUUAAGCUCCAAGAGGGGCGGCCCAAGUGGAAUCAAGGCAAGAUCAGUGAGGAGAGGUACCAACUGUAUUUGGAAUACGUGGAUUCCCUUCGAUCUCAAUAUGAGGACCACGCCUAUCAUCCAGCCAAAGUCAUUGGGCCUUUAAAGAAGCGUGUGAACUUCGCUCAUGCGCUACUUCGAGGCCUCGAAGAAGUUGAGACAGAACAUGUUCUCGUGGUGCAACAUGACCGUGUCUUUGCGGAACGUUUUUCCAUGUCCGACGUCAUCGAGCUGUUUCAGCAGUACCAAGAACUUCGCUACGUGGGCUUUCAGACAGUGCCAGAUUAUACCACCUACGCAGCAAGCAAGUUUGGGAAAUGGGUUCGCUGUGCAUUGCCCGAACCUGGAUUGAUCCCUUGCUUCAUGUGGUAUGAUUCGACUCAUGUUUGUCGAACCCGACAGCUAGCAAAACUCAUUGAACAAGAAGUGAAGGAAGGAGAGUUCAUCGAAAGCUCAUACGGCUGUCGACUUCUUGCUGAAAUUCGCGAAAAGAAAGAUCACUGGACCUGGGAGUACCACAUGAAAAACUAUGGCCUGUUCCUCUUCCAUCCACCGAGCCCGACUUCGUUGAAUCCCACGUCUGCGCGCCCCCUGGUGCGUCAUGUGAGCGGCCGCACGUUCCUCUCCAGCGAAGAGCGGCUGAAACGCGGCUGGCCGGGUGAACGGCCGCGGGUCACACGCGGAACGCAGGAGAAAGGGAGCUGA